AGCCCGGGCGAUCAACACCAGGAGUGGCCCAACCCCUUCGAGGAGGCCAAGCCGCGCAUAGCAGAAUGGACAGCCAAGGAAAUCGCCACAAUCGCCUCGAGGCUUGACAAGCAGCUCGGCCCCGAGUACAUCUCUUCGCGCGCUGGGCCCGGCGGUUCACGGGUGCAUUAUCUCACUGCCGAAAAGGUCAUCGGCCUCGCCAACGAGGUUUUCGGCUUCAACGGGUGGUCGUCCUCGAUACAAAAUAUCCAAGUUGAUUUUGCCGACGAGAAUCCGCAAUCGCAGCGCGUCAGCAUCGGGCUGUCUGUCAUCGUUCGAGUUACCCUCCGAGAUGGCACCUAUCACGAGGAUGUCGGCUACGGCUCAAUAGAGAACGCCAAGGGGAAGGCAAUGGCCUUUGAAAAGGCGAAAAAGGAGGGAACCACGGAUGCGCUGAAGCGAACGCUGAGGAAUUUCGGUAACGUGCUGGGCAACUGCAUUUACGACCAAGACUACGUCAAGCAGGUUACCAAGAUUAAACCCCAGACGAACAAGAAGUUUGAUCCGGAUAAUCUUCACCGACACUCGGACUUUGCGAAGAAGGAUCUGAUAAAGGAUGUGGUCAUGACUGGCAACACGAACAAUGCUGGUAACAGCACCGCGGCCAAUGCCGCAGUCACUGCCGCUCCUACUCUUCCCACGGCCGCUGCCGGUGGAUUCAAGAUAGAGCCAAUGGACUCGUUUGAUGACUUCCUUGGGGAACUUGAUGAGGCCGACUUUUGCGUGCCGGGAGAUGGCCAUCCCGAUGAAAUCAUGCUUCCCAACGCGGCCAACCCACCCAACGACAAGCCUGCCGCUAACGAAUCAAGGCCGGGUCAACCAGCAAAGCCCAUACCGGUCAAUGGCUUGAAUCGACCGCCGCAGCCGCAGCCACAUACUCCCAGGCAGGGACAACCACCUCGGCCACACAAUGGCCCGCAAGGCAAAGACUCGUUGAACCAAACGAUGGCACCUCCUCCACAGGCACCGCCUCCGGGAGAGCCUGUGGCAUUCUUCUCGGCGAGAUCUACCAUGCCUGACGCGAGCCAGCCUGGUAGCAACCAGAACCAGCAGAAACAGCUCUUCAAUCCCAAGGCUGAAAGCCCUUCGAUACGAAAGACUCCCGGAAUCGAUCACACCUCAUCGAAACCCGUUGCGAGGAACGGCCAGCAUGUCCCUCCGGCUAACAGCCAAGCACCGUCUACGCAAAGUGGCAACACCGGCGGCUUCACAUCACUACGACAGUCAAUCAGCAGCUCUCAGGCCAGGGGUAAUCCGAUGAAUCCAGCUCUAGACCAAGCUCGUAGAAUAGGAGCGCCGGGUGGCGGUCUGGGCAGUCCCCUUGCUAAUCGAGGCCAAUACAAACCUCCAACAAUGAAACGAACACUACCAAACGAAGGCAAUGGUGCUAGUGGGCCCAGAGCGCCGCUUGUUGAUAUUCCAACAAAUGCAGGCAAUGGUAGCAGCGAGGAUGGGUUGGACGCAAAGAGGCAAAAAGUGGCAUGA